UCUUCUCCGCUCUGGAAGGAGGAAGACAGCAGGGCUGAGAGUGUGUGUGUGUGUGUGAGUGGAAAGAAAGAGGUGGAGUGGGGAAGCAUUAAAAAACUACAGUUGGAUUGACCACUCUCAGAUUUGCACUGCAAUCAUGGGGUUUGGAAAAGGAAAAGAAGAUUACCAUCUGGCUGCGACGUCCGAAGAUCAUGGCAAGAAAAACAAGAAACGCAAACAGAAGAAGGAUAUGGACGAACUUAAGAAAGAAGUUGACCUGGAUGAUCACAAGCUGACAAUGGAUGAACUUCACAAAAAAUACGGGACGGACUUAACCAGGGGUCUUUCCUCUUCCAGAGCAAAAGAGAUUCUGGCCCGGGAUGGUCCAAAUGCCUUGACGCCUCCUCCCACAACGCCUGAGUGGGUGAAGUUUUGCAAACAGCUGUUUGGUGGUUUCUCCAUGCUGCUGUGGAUCGGUGCCAUCCUCUGCUUCCUCGCUUACAGUAUUCAGGCUGCCUCAGAGGACGAACCUGCAAACGACAACUUGUACUUGGGUAUUGUGCUGUCUGCUGUCGUCAUCAUCACUGGUUGCUUCUCCUACUACCAAGAAGCCAAGAGCUCCAAGAUUAUGGAGUCCUUUAAGAAUCUGGUCCCACAGCAAGCCCUGGUUGUCCGUGACGGUGAGAAGAAGAGUCUGAAUGCAGAGGAAGUGGUAGCCGGAGAUUUGGUGGAGGUGAAAGGAGGAGACAGGAUACCUGCUGACCUCAGGAUCAUCUCUGCUCAUGGCUGCAAGGUGGACAACUCCUCCCUGACUGGUGAAUCUGAACCUCAGACCCGUUCCCCAGACUUCUCCAACGAGAACCCCUUGGAGACCAGGAACAUUGCGUUCUUCUCCACCAACUGUGUUGAAGGAACUGCCAGAGGUAUCGUCAUCAACACUGGAGACCGUACCGUCAUGGGUCGUAUCGCCACUUUGGCUUCCAGUCUCGAAGGAGGCAAAACUCCCAUUGCCAUCGAGAUCGAGCAUUUCAUCCACAUCAUCACGGGUGUUGCAGUCUUCCUGGGUGUUACUUUCUUCAUCCUUUCCCUUAUCCUUGGAUAUGGGUGGCUGGAGGCCGUCAUCUUCCUGAUUGGUAUCAUUGUUGCCAACGUGCCAGAAGGUCUCCUGGCUACCGUCACUGUGUGUCUGACUCUGACUGCCAAGCGUAUGGCCAAGAAGAACUGCCUGGUGAAGAACCUGGAAGCUGUAGAGACGCUGGGCUCCACCUCCACCAUCUGCUCAGACAAGACCGGCACCCUGACCCAGAACAGGAUGACGGUGGCCCACAUGUGGUUCGACAACCAGAUCCACGAGGCCGACACCACGGAGAACCAGAGCGGCACCUCCUUCGACAGAAGCUCCGCCACCUGGGCGGCCCUGGCCAGAAUCGCCGGACUCUGCAACCGUGCCGUCUUCCUGGCAGAGCAGAGCAACAUUCCCAUUCUGAAGCGAGACGUGGCCGGUGACGCCUCAGAAGCUGCCUUGCUCAAGUGUAUUGAGCUGUGCUGCGGGUCCGUGAAGGACAUGAGAGACAAAUACCCCAAAGUUGCUGAGAUUCCUUUCAACUCCACCAACAAAUACCAGCUCUCCAUCCAUAAGAACACAACUCCUGGAGAAUCCAAGCACAUACUGGUGAUGAAAGGAGCCCCGGAGAGGAUUUUGGACCGCUGCUCCACUAUCAUGGUGGCGGGCAAAGAGCAGCCUCUGGACGAAGAAAUGAAAGAUUCCUUCCAGAACGCCUACGUGGAGCUGGGAGGACUUGGAGAGCGAGUGUUGGGUUUCUGCCAUUUCCACCUGCCUGAUGACCAGUUCCCAGAGGGCUUUGCUUUUGACACAGACGAGGUGAACUUCCCCACUGAGAAGCUGUGCUUCAUCGGCCUCAUGGCCAUGAUCGACCCUCCUCGUGCUGCCGUGCCAGACGCUGUGGGCAAAUGCAGGAGCGCUGGAAUCAAGGUUAUCAUGGUCACAGGUGACCAUCCUAUCACAGCCAAGGCCAUCGCUAAAGGUGUGGGCAUCAUCUCUGAGGGCAACGAGACCGUUGAGGACAUUGCAGCUCGUUUGAACGUUCCACUGUCAGAGGUCAACCCCAGGGAUGCCAAGGCGUGCGUCGUCCAUGGCGGUGAGCUCAAAGAGAUGACCGCAGAGCAGCUCGACGACAUCCUGCAGCACCACACUGAAAUCGUAUUCGCCAGAACGUCCCCUCAGCAGAAGUUGAUUAUUGUGGAGGGUUGUCAGAGACAGGGAGCCAUUGUGGCCGUGACAGGUGAUGGUGUGAAUGACUCCCCUGCCUUGAAGAAAGCUGACAUUGGCGUUGCCAUGGGGAUCGCUGGGUCUGACGUGUCCAAGCAGGCCGCCGACAUGAUCCUACUGGAUGACAACUUCGCCUCCAUCGUUACUGGAGUGGAAGAAGGCCGUCUGAUCUUUGACAACUUGAAGAAGUCCAUUGCCUACACUCUGACCAGUAACAUCCCAGAGAUCUCACCCUUCCUCCUCUUCAUCAUCGCCAACAUCCCUCUGCCUCUGGGAACCGUCACCAUUCUCUGCAUUGAUCUGGGAACUGACAUGGUUCCUGCCAUCUCCCUGGCUUAUGAAGCAGCUGAGAGUGACAUCAUGAAGAGACAGCCCCGAAACCCCAAAACUGACAAACUGGUGAACGAGAGGCUCAUCAGUAUGGCUUAUGGACAAAUUGGCAUGAUGCAGGCCACAGCUGGCUUCUUCACAUACUUUGUGAUCUUGGCUGAAAACGGCUUCCUCCCCAUGGACCUUAUUGGAAUCAGAGUCUUCUGGGACGACAAGUUCGUCAACGACCUGGAAGACAGCUAUGGACAGCAGUGGACAUACGAGCGAAGAAAGAUUGUAGAGUUCACCUGCCACACAGCGUUCUUCACCAGCAUCGUGAUCGUGCAGUGGGCCGACCUGAUCAUCUGCAAGACCAGGAGGAACUCCAUUGUGCAGCAGGGAAUGAAGAACCGAAUCCUCAUCUUUGGGCUCUUUGAAGAGACUGCUCUUGCUGCCUUCUUGUCUUACUGCCCAGGCAUGGAUAUUGCCCUCAGAAUGUACCCUCUCAAGCCAUCUUGGUGGUUCUGCGCCUUCCCUUACUCCCUCAUCAUCUUUGUUUAUGAUGAAGUCAGACGGUACAUCCUCAGACGCAACCCAGGCGGUUGGGUGGAGCUGGAGACGUACUACUGAGUCACCACGGAAGAAGGGAGCGUGUUUAGUCAUCAUUUUCUGCCAUGUUACAUAUUUGUUUGAGAUGCUACACCCCCUCGCCCCUCAUGCACACAAGAAAAGGAAACAAGCAUGGUUAAAUUAAGAAUACACUAAUGUAUAUUGUCAUUCCCAAUAAAACUUGUCCCUACCACUGUA